GAAACCAAGGAAUCCGAAGAGGUACCGGUAACUCAAGUGACAGAGACCACGGUUUCCGGCACCGUUGCAGAUUCGGAGUCUUCGAAGGAUGGCGUGAAGUCCGAAAAGCCCACUGAGAAAUUGAAACUGGCGGUCAAGAAAAAAGUUCUUCAACGUCUUAGAUAUCUACGCAUGAAGAAAAUCUGCAUCGAACACGCCCAAAAGCACUUAAUUGAGUAUAAACGUGCCGCUAAGCGUGAAAUUAAUCUCAUGCGCAGUGCGCAGAGGGAUGGAAAUUUCUACGUUCCUGCCGAGCCCAAGCUCGCUUUCGUAGUGCGGAUUCGGGGCAUUAAUGGGAUUCAUCCAAAGCCUAGGAAGACUCUUCAGUUAAUGCGUCUUUUGCAAAUAAAUAACGGUGUGUUUGUUCGGCUGAACAAGGCUACGUUGAACAUGCUCCGUUUGAUCGAUCCCUACAUCGCCUGGGGAUAUCCUUCCUUGAAAACUGUUCGGCGUCUUAUUUACAAGCGCGGAUUUUGCAAAGUUGCCGGCCAGAGGUUACCCCUUACCAAUGAGCGCAUUCAACACAGACUUGGUCGCUUUGGAAUUGUGUGUGUUGAAGACCUGGUGCACGAAAUUUACACUGUCGGCCCCAAAUUCAAGGAAGUAUCGUCCUUCCUUUGGCGUUUUAAGCUGAACAAUCCGACGGGAGGCUUCCGCAAGAAAGGCAGACACUUUGUCGAGGGUGGUGACUUUGGAAAUCGGGAGAAUUAUAUCAAUAGGUUGUUGAAAACCAUGAUUUGA